UUUUCAAAAUGUUUUUUAUUACAUUUUAUUUCCCUUCAUCUGUUAUUACAAGUGACAUGAUGCAGCAUGAUGUCGUUUGACUCUGAACAGUGAUGGAGGUGAAACCCGUCCUCUGAGGUGUCUUCAGCAGCUUGUCAAAACCAGCUCCUCAUACAAUAUUAAAUGUAGUUAAACUAAAAGAAACAAACUGAAUGUAGUGUGUGUUUAUUGUGUGUUUAAUGUGUGUUUAUUGUGUGAUUAUUGUGUUUAUUGUUUCUUUAUUGACAGAUAUUAAAGUCAAAGAGCAGAGCGUCGAGAACAUGAUGAGGGGGAAGAAGAUCUAUGAGCCUCCUCGCUUCAUGACGGUCAGUCAGGCUGCAGAUCAGCUGAUCCAGAUCAUACAGAGGAGGAGGGAGGAGGAGGGGGAGGAGCUAGGUAUGACGGAAGACACGGUGUGUGUGGGCGUGGCCCGACUUGGCGCCAAUGACCAGACCAUCCGUGCAGCGACGUUACGUCAGCUGGUGUCGUGUGACCUCGGCGGUCCCCUCCAUUCGCUGGUCGUCACCGGUCACCUCCACCCGCUGGAGGUGGACAUGCUGCGAGUGAACGAAGAAUCAAACGCACUGCAACACCUGCACAUGAUCGACAGCUCCACCUUCUGCUCCUAACACACACACUCGUCUUACUGUUCUUGUGGGGACCGUCAUUGACAUGGUGUAUUACUAGGACCCUAACUCAAAACUUG